UUUGAUCAGUGAGUUUGACUGGGAAAAAAUAAAUUCAGUAAGUUUUUUUAAUUAAUAAAUGGAUUCGUAUUUAAAUGAAUAAAUGAAUUCAGAAACAGCCAAACAUCCCCUGAAUCUUUCACUGACUCGGAGUCAAAAACAAAAAAAAAAAAAAAAAAAAAAAAAAGUAAAGCAGAGAGAAGCACGUGAGGAUUGAAGAACGGACAGGUCUAGUGAGGGGAAGAUGGAGGAUUCGGACAAUCUAUGUGAAUGGGACGUGUUUUCUGACACCUGUGAACCGACGAGCUAUCAAUUUAGCUCUGACGAGGACAUUGAUGGUGAGACUGAGGAGGAAAAAGAGGAGCUUCCUGAUCUAGAGUGGCUAGAAGAGUUAUACGAAGAAAACAGUGAUGAUGACCUUGCGGGCGAGCCUGACGAAGAGAAGCCUAGGACUUUUGCAGCGACGGCACGGAUGUUCAAGCUGAGACGGAAUCUGUACCAGCUGGACAACUUCCAGAGACAGAAGGAACGCUCCUUGUUGAAAGCCAGAGAGGACCUUAACCUCUUACGUCAGAGCAUUGAGACUCUACUUGAGCAGCGGGAUGUCUUGGAGCAAGAAAUAAAACAUCAAGAAGCAGCAGAGAACAGCGUUGCAGUUAUUCGUUUACGGGCUCAGCAUAAGAAUGUGUGUUACGAGCUGCAAAGGGAAGAGGAGAUUGAAGCUCACACCAACAACGAGCUGAGGCAACAAGAAUUAGCACUGAGUGAGUUUGAGUUGGAGGUCGGCAAGUUCUCUGUGCUGAGGCAAGAGGUGCAAGAGGAGGAGCGAGUCUACCAUGUCCUCAAAGCCCAGAAUGCAGUGAAAAGGCUAGAGCAGGAGAAAAACAACAGUCAUACCCUGCGGCGGAAGAUUCAACAGCUCAAAAAGAAAAAUGUAGACGUGCCAGAGAAACCGGACACUUUGGUCAGGAAGAAAUCUGAAGAUGGCGGGGCGAACCGUGAAAAAGGGGCUAAGUACUUGAAGGAAACAAUCAGAAGGAUGCAGCAGCAAGAGGCUGAGCGAGAGCAGAAGAAGAGGGAGUCAAUGCAAAAGAGAAUAGAGGCUGUCAAGUUACUGAAAUCGAACAUUGAAGCAACCCAAGAAAACCUACGGGUCAGGCAGAGCCGAGCCAAAGCAAACACCCUGAAGAAAGAAAGGCAAGAGAAGCGUCUGAAAGAAUCCAUGCACGCCCAAGGCCUCAACAGCACCAGGCACAUAUACCAACAAAAACGAGACGAGGAAGUGAAACGGCAGCAAGAGGAAUUCAAGGAGAGACAAAAGGCGAGGAGAGUAGAGAUUGUGGACAAGCUCCUCGAGGAGCAGCUGGUGAAGAACAGAAAAGCACGCCAGGCACCACAGCCCAAAACCAAACCUGGUCAAAAAAUCUUAUCCCCGGGCAGGAUAAAAGAGAGGCUGCUGCGUUACCUGGAUUCGGUACACCCGUCAGGCACGGAGAGAGACACAACAUUAAGAAAGUUAAGUGCGAGCGGCUCCUCGUCAGAUUCAGAGUACCAGGAAGACAUCAUCGAGAAGGAAAUGCAGCACCUGAGCCUCCCCGAUAGCCUUGAAGAGCCUGAGUUCUGUGGGCUUUGGGACCAAAGUUAUAAGCUCCCUUUGAAUGAGAAGAAAACAGCUGCAGUGGUCUGCCCGAAGCUCAGAAAAACGCCCAAAAAAGGUGUUGGUAAGCAGAUAAAAGGGCCCUCUUUCACCAGUAAACCAGAAGUCAUCCUUUUUAAGGAUUUUGAAGUGGGGGAAACCUAUAAAAAGAAAGUAAUACUGACAAACAUCAGCAACAUCACCAAUCACUGCAAGUUUCUUGAGAUCUCCGCUCAACUGCAGGAUUUUAUCAUAAUUAACUUUCAACCUCCUGGUCCUUUAUCGACUGGGAUGUCAUGUGAGAUGCACAUUACUUUCCACCCUUCGAUCAAUGAGGACCUGGAAGGAGAGGUUGCCUUUGCUUCAGCAGAAAGUAACUUUUUUGUGGCUGUCAAAUGCACCAUAAAGAGAUGUGAUUUAGAGGUGGACAGCCAGUUUAUCGACUUUGGUUCGCACGUAGUGGGACAAACCAUUUUACGGACUAUCACUUUGACCAACAAGGGUGCACUUGCAACCCGUUUCAGCCUGGACACUACCAAGCCCGUUCCGGAAAUUCACCAGGUCCAGAUUCCAUCACAUUGCUCGGCCGACACACAGCAGGACACACCUUGUGCUGAUCAGAACCAGAGUGCUGCAUCCAUUCCCACCAGUAUGGAUCAUGUUUUGGAUAGGUCUACUGUAUCCCGGCAGUGCCAGCGAGAAUCACAGAUUUCAACUUCAGAUCCAAGAGCUGCUUCUGUGGCUUCCAGCAUCCAUUCCCAGAUCCAAGACGGCCUGUCUGACUCUUGUGACAUACGUAUAGGAAAUGUAAGAGAAGGGGAUAUUGGACCAUUUGAAAGUGUGAAACUGGAAAUAAUAUUCUCUCCGACUGUUCCUGGAGAAGUCAAAUUGGACCUUUACAUCAAGUUUUCAGAUCCAACCAGCUACCCAAUAGCCAUCCUGGUGAAGGGUGAAGGAGUGGGCCUCCCAGUCUGGGUUGUCGAACCCAAUAUUGACAUGAAGAUCUGCAUGUUUGACCGCCUUUAUCAGGAGGAGGUCACACUCCAAAGCAGCACCAGCACAGCCUUGAAGCUUACUUUUGACUUGUGGCCAGAGAUGAGGAAACACAUGGAGAUUAUCCCAAGGACUGGUUUUCUCCAGGCUCAGUCAAGCUUCACUGCUCACCUCAAGUUCCUGCCAAGAAACACCUUACCCGAAGACGCUGACAAGUAUUUUGACAGUGCUACUGGUGUCCUAGAGGUUCCAAUGGCUGUUCAAGUUGCGGGGCAGGUGCAGCCUGUCAUUUACACUGUCCAAGCAAUUGUGACAUCGUCUGACUUGAACUUUGACCAGAGCGAGGUGGACUUUGGCUAUUGUUCUAUCUACCAGUCAGUCAAGAGCAGUGUUCGCAUGACCAACAUGUCCCUGCUACCUCAAGAGUUUGGCUUCGUUGGUCUUCCAGAGUUUGUUGACGUCCAACCUAAUGACGGUUUUGGCACUCUCCUCCCGCAAGAAACACUGGAGGUCGACAUCAUUUUCAGCGCUAACAAAGCCAAAGAGUACCGUUUCAGUCUCAACUGCAAAUCAGGAAUUAACAGAGUUUUUCCCCUGGCUUGCCGCGCCAUGGGCGUCUGCCCAACGUUGGCGCUCUCCCAUUCGCUGGUGCAGUUCGGACCAACGGCCGUGGGCGACCACUCCACCGCUCUUCUUUAUCUUACUUAUAACCAAACCGUCCGAAACCAGUCCAAACAACGGCCGUCCGCUGGAGCAAGGCUGUUUUCUUUCACCUCGCCUCAAGACUCCAGCAUCAGGAUCACUCCUGCAGCAGGGCGACUGUUGCCUGGGAAGAGAUGUUUAGUCCUGGUCACAUUUAAACCUAAACUGGAAGACCGAGAUAUCAAGGAAGAAGCCCAGCGUCUCCUUCUCAAAGCCAAGAAGACCAAUGAGGAAGACAGUAAAAAACUCCUUGAAGAACAGGCAAAGAGGGAGGCAGAGCCCAACAAAGGGAAAAAAUUGUCCAAGAACACCAAAUUAUCGGAUUUUUCUCCCAAGUGUGCAACCCCAACAGAAACAACAGCACCAGACAACAUCGAGGCUGGAGGUCAAAGGUUCGAGGAGGCAAGGGCGUCUCUGCUGCACUCCUUCACCUCGCGCUACAAUGAGUACACCAUCCCCUGCUUUGUGUCAGACGGAGACCCACCCGAGGAAGACAGGCAAGCACAACCAGCGUGGAGUCCUCUUAAUACGCUCUACUUGAAGCUGCAGUGCCCUGCUGUACAGCCUCCUCUAGUGGUGGUAUCCAGCAAUAUCAGAAAUUAUGCCUUGGAUUUCCAGCAAGUGGCAGUAGGAGAACGAGUGAUUAAAAGGUUUUCCGUGCAGAACAUUUCUGAGGAAUCUUUAGAGCUGAGAUCUUCAUUGCUGGAUAUAUAUGGCCCUUUUUUACUCCUCAAUGCUCUGAGAGCCAUCGGGCCUGGGGAGAAACACACCCUGGCUUUGGCUUUCUGUCCUACGUUGGAAAAAAAGUACUGUGAGACUCUAGAGGUGCGCUGUCAUAAAAUGACCCUUGCUGUGACUCUGCGAGGGGAAGGAGUGGUUCCUGCUAUAACCUCCUCCCAUUCUGGAGGUCUCUUGGAUUUUGGCUAUGUGCUCGAGAAGGAGAGCACCUCACAUGUCCUGAAGCUCCAGAACAGUUCGACUGUUGCAGUGGGUUUCAAAGCCAUGUUGUACAGCCUAACGCCAUCUGAAACUCGGGGUCCUGAUGAGAGGGUGGCCAUAUUGUUAGGUGGUUACACAGACUCCAAGAUUCAGCCUGUUGUGGGGACCCAGAACUACAAUGGGCUUAGUGUUUUCAGUGUUCUGCCUGUGGAGGGAAGCAUUGCUGCAAAACAAAGCCAGGAUGUCAUUGUCACCUUUCACCCCGAUCACCCCUCUGUCAACUAUUCCGAUCAACUCACCAUUGAACUUGUUAAUAAGAGUAAACUGUGCGUUCUGGAUCUGAAGGGUGCGGCGUCAUCACACAAUAUGUAUCUACAAGGAGGAGACCAACUUGCAGUUCCCAUUGAAUCCCUUCUUCCUCCACCAAUAACAAGUCAACAAGGACCCUCAGAGGACACGGACAUCCCUGUCCUGGUCACCCUGCGAGCCAGCUAUAGCAUGGGGACCAUCAGACCUGCAGUCAGAGAGUUGCAAGUAGGCUGCAUAAGGCCCAGUAAGAAGGGCACCGAGUUUACCUGGGACAACUUGGCAUCUAUGCAGCUGAAGGGCUUCAACGUGGACCCCAACAAGGCUAGUGUAGAGGCGGGCACCAAACGCGCCAUCAAACUCACAUGGACGCCCCUAAGUGGACAUAAGCCCAAUGAAGUGGUGCAGAUGUGUGUGCCUCUCACAAUCAAAGGGGAAGAAACCAGGGUGUACCAAGUAACCCUCAUGGCUUUAGUCUGCACUCACGUGAACUAAACCACAAUUUUUUUUACCAUCUCAUGUCGUUAUUAAUAUGAAGUUGCACAAAGAUCUGAGGAUAUUGUCAAUAAUUUUCGACCAAUUUCUGGCGGAAAUAUCAGAAAGACUAG